AAACAGCAACCAUGGCAUCGCUCGUGAACGCAGCCCGCGCCGGCGACCUCGAGGAGGUGCAGAAGCUUCUUGCGUUGGGCUAUGACGCCAAUGCGAUUGAUGAAGACGAGCGGACGGCGCUCCAUUGGGCGGCCGCGUGCGGCCACAUGGACGUGGCCGACCUCUUGGUGGGUCUAUCCAAGAUCAAUCACCAGGACGACUCGGGCUGGACGCCCUUGAUGAGCGCUGCGUCCGCGGGCCACGUCGAGAUGGUGAGCUUCCUGCUCUCCAAGGGCGCGAAUCCGAACCUUGCCAACGAGAAUGGCCAAAUUCCGCUGCAUUACCACAAAGGUCGCCCGGAAAUGGCAGAGUUACUUCUGGACGUCACGAGCGACAUCAACACGGCGGACCGGUCUGGCUCGACGCCGCUGAUGCGCGCCCUGGGUGGUCGGCCAGCUCCAGACAUCGUCGUGCAAUUCCUCGACCACAACGCCAAGCUCAACACCAAGGACAUCCACGGCAACACGCCUCUGCACAUUGCGAUUAUGGAAGGCCACGAGGCGAUGGCGCGCCUGCUCCUCGAGUAUGGCGCCAAGCCCAACGCGCUGAACAACGAGAAGCAGUCGUGCUUGGACGUGGCGCCGCGUGCGCUGCGCUUGCAGCUAACGGCCGCCAUGCAAAAGGCGACGCCGUAAACCAAGGGAAUAAAGCACUUGCCGUAAACAUACCGU